UUUUUUCAAAAAUAAUGAACAAUAUGAAAUACACGUAAAAAAAUUAAAGGAGGUCAACGGUUUCAAAAGACAUAAUCUCAUGAUUAAGGGAAACUUGCGUAACGGUGAUGAUAGUGAUAAUAAUCCUUUGAUUUAUAUUAAUAAUCCCGUGGAAUCAAAAAUACCAAAAGCCUACUUAACUCUAGAAGAAUUCAAAGAGGUUUUGACUAACCGAAUUAAGCUACAACGAAAUGAAUUGACCACUAAAGAGAGUUUAUCGAUUGGAUUUAAUAAAGCAAAAAAUACUUCCAGUAACAUUUAUAAAGCAAAUUCAAUGAACAUUCUAUCAAAUGAUAUUUCUAAAGCUAACAAGAGGGCUAUAAGCACUUUGAGUACAAAGGAACCAAAGAUAACAAAUACUGUGGCCACCAGAAAUAUAAGCAUUAAUAUUGCAACGGAAAUAUCUAGAAUAUCCCGAACGUCGAAACAAGCUGUAACUGAAAAAUCGAUAAAGACAUAUUCUACUAAAAAAUUAGAUGAAAUUAAUGUAUCAAAAGAAAAUAUUGUACCCGAAAUUGAAAGUGCGAUACCAAAUAAUGUCACAGAACCUAAAAAUGAAUCAAUUAAUACACAUACAGCUGAUGUUAAGACAAAACUCGACGAAACAACGACGCAAAAAAUUAGUACAGAAAUCUCUGCAACCUUAAUGAACGGCGCCAAAAUACUUCGAAAUAUAGAGUUACCAAACGAUAAUAAAUUGAUAAACCAGACAACAAUACAAGCAGAUGUUGUUUUAACAACAACAUUUGGCAUGCGAAAUAAAGAACAUUCGACCGCUAUAAUGAAGUUUUCUGAUCAAAGCACAUCACACUUUAGAAAUGAAAUGGGUUCUAGUGGCUAUGAAAUGAUGUCUACUAAAGUAUUGCCUAGCAAGGUAGCCACUGAAGAAGUCGGUACAGUAAUAAUUAGGAAUAAGUUUAAGCCGAAAAGAAUGACGACACAAAAAGUUUCUUCCAAAGUUUCUAGAAAGAGGAGCACUUUAAGUAGACCACUUGUUUUCAUGGGCAGUUGA